AUGAGCUAUUUCGAAAAAUUUGAUGAGGUACGGCUCAAUGCCUCUGCUGACUUCCACGUCCAUCUUCGAGAUGGGACAAUGAUGAAGACUGUAGUGCCUACUAUCCGGGCCGGCGGUGUUAAUACCGUCUAUGUGAUGCCAAAUCUAAACCCCCCUCUCAUAUCUAUCUUGGACGCUCUAGCAUACAAAGAAAGGCUGCAGCAAGAAGACCCAAGCAUUACCUAUCUCAUGAGCAUGUAUUUGCAUGAGAGUAUAACUCCCGAAAUGGUCGUGGAGGCAAAGGCGCAUGGUAUCAUGGGUAUUAAAAGCUAUCCAGCUGGUGUUACAACUAACUCUAGCUCGGGUGUGCUUUCAUACGAGCCUUUCUAUCCUGUGUUCGCAGCUAUGGAAAAAUGUGGAAUGAUACUCAAUUUACAUGGAGAGUGCCCCAGUGAUCACGAAAAAGAUAUCACUAUCUUAAAUGCCGAGCACAAAUUUCUUCCGACCUUACUUAAAUUACAUUCAGAUUUUCCUGCGUUAAAAAUUGUGCUUGAGCACUGCACGACAAAGGCAGCAAUUGAAACUGUCAGAGAAUGUGGAGCCAAUGUGGUUGGGACAAUAACUGUGCAUCACUUAUUUCUGACUGUCGAUGACUGGGCCGAUAAUGUACAUCAUUUCUGUAAACCAGUUGCUAAGUGGCCAAGCGACAGAGCAGCUUUAAUUAAGGCCGCAAUCGACGGCUCCGGCAAAUUUUUCCUGGGGAGCGAUUCUGCUCCUCAUGAUAUUGCAGCCAAACAAACCAAAACAGGGAAAACUUGUGCUGGUGUCUUUACACAGCCGUACGUAACCCAAUUCUUCCUGGAGGCUCUUGAGCAAUCAGCCAGGGAUGGCAUCAUCUCACCUGAUAUGGUAACCAAAGAGAUAUUAGGGGGUUUUCUAGGAGACUACGGCCGCAAUUUUUAUGGAGUUACCAUCGGGAAUACGGAACAUAUUGUUCUACACAAGAAGAGCGAGAUAGUUCGGGAGUCAUUCACUGGAGAAGGAGUUGAAGUAGUGCCUUUUAGAUGUGGCAAAAGUGUUUGGAGAAUCACAUGGACAUGA